UUAGAGGUUGGUAGACAGAGAGAUGCAGUGCCACAGUGAGUGUGUCUGCGAGGCGGAUUGCUGCGCAAUUCUUCAUCCUCUUAUCAGGCACCAUGAUGUGUUGUGGCACCACGAUGUACAGAUUCACUGCAAGAGCAGGGAAUGCAGGUAAAAGUUCACCUUGAGCUGAAGUCCACCAGCGACUCUCUGGACCUUUUGGGAUUACAAUAAACGCGCAUUGGUAAUUCAAGCAAGAACAGCUGAGAUUUGGAUCUGACAACCUGACAAACCUGAAGUGGCUCAAGAAUACCGUCUAACUUUUCUGACUUAAACUGAAACACCUGACCAAAAGGAUCUACGACACCAGAUCCAGAAUUCAAACAGGUUCUUGGUUUGGCUGAAACUUGGUGAAUUCUGAAACCAUUCAGGUACAAGUUUGUGGCAUCCCUAGUUUACACUGGAGGCCCGCAAAGCCGCCACCAAGCCGGUCCUGGAGCCCAGGAACCCUGGAGCAAGCCUGACCUUGGACCGGCUCUCAUCAGAACCCCUGUUGGCACCAGCAGAAACGUCCAGUAUGUCUCAGACCGGAGGACGGAUCCACAGCAAAAAGGCUGGCAUCCGGGCCGCCGUCAUCUUGAUCGGACUCCUGCACAAGUCUCGCAAAGCCAAGGAGAAGGAGAGAGAGAGAGAGGAGAGUGAAGGGAAACAGGAGCAGCUGAACAUCUCCACUGUCCCUCUGGGAGAAUGUCCCCCCUCACCACCCCGCACUGCACCGCCCACCAUGAAGUCUGCGGAGUUCUUUGAUAUGCUGGAGAGAAUGCAGAUCCCUAAAGCUGAAGAGACCAAAAAAUGGAAGGAUGAUUAUAUCCCCUACCCACGGAUAGAAGCCAUCCUGGAGAAGGGUGGUCCGUACCCCCAGGUAAUCCUACCACAGUUUGGGGGUUACUGGAUCGAGGAUGUGGAGGCACAAGCAGGGACCCCCUCCUCCUCGGAGUCUAGUUUCUGUGAGGAGGAGGACAGAGAAGAUGGCAUGAGCCCUGGUGGGGGGCAUAGUUACCGCCUGGAGUGUAACAGCACAGCCCGUGCCUACCGCAAACACUUCUUAGGCCAGGAACACAUGAACUACUACUGCACAGGCAGCAGCAUAGGGAACCUCAUCAUGUCCCUGAAACACGAGGAGGCAGAGGGACAGGAGUUCCUACGCAUCAUGCUCAGGUCGAGGACCAAAUCAGUCCAUGACAGGAUCUCUUUAGCAGGCAUCAACCAGCUGCCCAGUGUGCCUCAGAUUGCCAAGCUUCUGUGUGAAGAUGCCACAGGGCUGAAGUUCAACCCGGCCCUUUACCCUCGGGGAUCCCAGUUGAUUGUGGCUUUUGACGAACAUGAGGUGAACAACACCUUCAAAUUUGGAGUCAUCUACCAGAAGUUUGGGCAGACGUCAGAGGAAGAGUUGUUUGGGAACAACGAGGAGACACCAGCGUUCAAGGAGUUACUCAGUAUCCUUGGCGACAACAUUGAUCUUCAGGACUUUAAAGGGUUUCGCGGUGGGCUGGAUGUGUCCCACGGACAGACGGGGUCUGAAUCUGUUUUCACCAUCUUCAGACAGAGAGAGAUUAUGUUCCACGUGUCAACCAAGCUUCCCUUCACCGAGGGAGACGUCCAGCAGCUCCAGAGGAAAAGGCACAUAGGAAAUGACAUCGUGGCCGCAGUCUUCCAGGAAGAGCCCACACCUUUUGUGCCAGACAUGAUUGCCUCCAACUUCCUGCAUGCCUAUGUGCUGGUGCAGGUUGAGAAUCCGUGUACAGAGCACACAACAUACAAGGUGUCUGUGACAGCGAGGGAGGACGUGCCUCCUUUUGGACCCCCUCUCCCGAACCCAGCUGUCUUCAAGAAGGGUCCUGAGUUCCGUGACUUCCUGCUGACAAAGCUGAUAAAUGCUGAAAACGCCUGCUACAAAUCCGACAAAUUCGCCAAACUAGAGGGGCGAACGCGAGCUGCGCUGCUGGACAACCUCCACGAUGAGCUGCACAGGCAGAGCCAGGCCACGCUGGGCCUGGGCCAGGCGGGAGAGGAGGACAAGCUGGAGAACGGGGGACAUGGGGGUCUGCUGGAGUCCUUCAAGAGAGCCAUGCGUGUCAGGAGCCACUCCAUGGAGACCAUGGUGGGGUCUCACCGCCAUCGGAGCCCUGGGGUAGGAGGCGGGGUCCCAGCCAGUCUGAGCGGCGGCGGUCUGCCGCAGAGCACCAGCGAAUGCACAAAGAGCACUUUCACUCCUCCGGUGUUGUCUGGCAAGUCUCCACUGAAGAGCCCGGUGAAACGGCGCUCAGGCCUCUUCCCUCGUCUGCACUCCAGCACAGAAACCCCCUCGGACAAACAUGCACGCGGUGAUCAAAAGCCUGCAGAGUUUUGCCCGCUGUCCCAAGAAGUGAGGUCAGAGACGUCAUCCAAUCCCAGCUCUCCUGAGAUAUGCCCCAACAAAGAGAGGCCCUUCAUCAAGCUGAAGGAGUGCAGCGGCGGCAGGCCCAACAUAUCUCGCUCUUCAUCCAGCACCAGCAGCUUCAGCAGCACCACAGGAGAAACAGAGACUCUGGAGGAAUUGGACACAGGUAGUCACCCCUCGACAGCUGCCUCCUCUGCUUUCAGCCCCUCUCUCAGUGUCGACAGCCAGGGAUCAGGCACCCCUGUCAUCAUGUGCCGCAGUCCAACAGCUGCAGCUGAUGGAAAAAACAAGACGUCACCGAGGUCAAACUUGAAGUUCCGCUUUGACAAAAUGAGCCACUCAUCUACAGCUUCCGAGUAGCAUCGCGGAACGGAAACAAACAGACUUGCACAACAAAGGGACAACACAGGCUGAUGGAGCUGCAAAAAUAAUAAUAAUCAUUUUCUAGAAAAUUGUAGAAAUCACCACCGCAACAACAUAAUCACUGUAGAUGCCUAAAGCCAAGGAUAAUCUGACAUUACUCCCAAAUGCAACAAUACUGUGAGUGUACAGGGAGGAGGAACAGCUGAUUUAUUUUUCACCCAAUUUUAGCUACUGAAAUUAGUCGAUGUUACAAGUCGGUGUAUCUUAGUUCCUAUUCGCUCCCCUCGUCUUAAAAGUCCCGGCAUGGCUGUAAUACUGUGAGCGUAGGCUGAGCUCCACUGUGCCUCAGCUUCUUCUCAAUCAUCUUAUUUGAUAGAAAGAUACAGAGAUCUGAACGUGAGACGUUAUGGCCGAACUGUUACUCUGUAUCCAGUGAACUGCUCAGAGGUUGAGAGGAUGUCUCAACAAGAUGUUGCUUUUGCCUUUGGCCUCGAAUGGUACUUCUGGCUUCAGUUCCUCUUUUGCCACACAGCAUAAACACACGGCACACUGCACACACACACACACACACACACACACACACACUGCACACACACAACCAAACACUCAGGCUACAUUGCCACUACGUUUUCAUUUGAAACUGCAUCAUCUCUGCUACAGAUAAGUCUGGUGUCCAGAGAGUUUUCAAAUACAGAAAACGCUGCUGACCCGGUUUCAGUUUUAAAACUCCGGGGCUGCGCUUUGGCCUUGACAGAAAUGGGGAUGUUUAGAAACCAUGACGUAGACACUCACACUUGCAGAUUCAGUCUUUUGUGUCUUUUCUAAUGUAGCUUUCACUGAUCAUCAGGCUCCUAUCAAAUUACACUCUUCUGUUAGACAGAAAAUGGCAGAAGCCACAGCUACCAGUGAAUAACACAACAUAGAUCAUUAAAUAUGUUGCUGACCCUUGCAAACAGCUGUUGUGCAGUUAAAUUCUGCAUUUUGCAAUGAUACAACUGCUAUCAUGUGUAGGAGACAAGAUAUCAUUCAAGCAAUCUCGGACUAUUCGGCUUGCAAAUGCACAUGGUCCGUGACUGGCAACAUACAUUUUCAAUAAGCGUAAUGCGCCUUCAGGCAAGUUAGGGCCCGAUCAGACAAAAAUGAUACAGAGCUAAAACGCUCAUGUGAACAGCGAUUGUUUUAAAUUGAAAACGUAUUUUAAAUGUAGUCUCACAGUAGCAUAGCAUUGGAGGUGGCAACACUGGGAGUCUUAAUCUCCUCUAUAGGAUCUGAACUUCUUCUUUGCAUAUAAAAAUGCUUUUGUAGGGAACAUCUUACAUUUAAAACAAAAAAAAAGCUUUUCUAACCUUGCUAGCUGCUGCAUUGUGUCUACUGCGCUGUAAACACAACGCCGCUGAAAGUGACUCGAUACUUUGACGGCGACUCUAUGUGGGUGUGUAAGGUUAACUUGACAUCCCUGACCUGAAGUGCUAGGUUAGUGGACAUGAGAUCACACGAGGUACAAUAAGAGACACUGCCAACACAUUAUAUGCCAUAAGCUUUUGUUUAGCCAAAGCUGCGCCUUACAAUCUAUCAAAAGCCCUUUUCACCACUGAUACGCUCUCUCUUCUUCUCUCUCUCUCUCUCUCUCUCACCAUGUGAGAGGACGAGAAUCUUCUGCAACUGGUUACAGCACAGACUAGUGGUUAACCGAUCGAUGCCCAUAUUUGCUGAAAACAGACGUUGCACUUAACUGAAAUCCUUUCACCUUCUGAUAUCUCUCAUUGAAGCUUGCUAUAGCUCGCUGUACCUGUGUUAAUGUUUGGUGUAACUCACGAACAGGAAGGUCUCCAACGUUUUUAAGGUUUCCCCAGCAUGUGCACUGAGGAUGAUGAUGAUGAUGAUGAGAAGGAGGAUGACUUGAAAAUUAUGCUUCAGGUUCAAAUUAACCUUUGAAACAAUUUUGGCAAAACAUGCUGAAUGUGAAUUUGGAGCUUUUUUUGUAAUUACACUUGUAUUUUUUGUAAGUUGUCCUUCAGAAGUAAAUUGCAAAGUCAAGUUGGAAGCACAACGGGACGAUAUGUAUACUUUAAUCCUCAACUAUACCAUAGGAUUAGCUUGGAGCUGCACAUACUGGAGCUCGCAGGACGAAGUUGGAGCGUGUAAAUCAAGAAAAAGCUGUGAGAGACUUAAAUGUGUUUCCUAUGUGACAAAACUGAGAUAAAAGUUUGUGAAGUUCUAUCUCAUUAAAACACAGAAGGUGAUGAAGGCUCAGGUCUCCCAAAUUACAAAGCCACUGUAAUUCAGGCAAAACGUGCCAGGAAGCUGUUCUCAAGGAAGCUGCUCCUUUCAGAUGUGUGGGGGGGAAGCUGACGUGAUGACUAAAUAAACCAAUAGACACAGAAGGCUUAUCAGUUAGUGUAGACCAUUGAUUACCUCGAGUGAAGGAAGCAGGAACAGAAACUGUCUGGUCAUUUAGUUUGUAGCAGGUAAUGCCUAAAUGCCCCUGCAGCCUUUUCUCUGUAAAUAGGCUUAAUUUAUUAAAAAUAUUUUUUUUUGCAUUGAUGUCCUGUAAAAAUAUAAGUGCAGAGUACGCUUAUUAAUAAGGUUAAAAUAAUAAAAGGAAAUCUAUUAAUUUAAAAGAUGUCUAAACAUGUAUGUAUAUUUGGUUAUGUAACGUGCCAUUGAGAAUUUAUUCUAAAAUAAAAUGUUGUAUUUUGUGUCA